AUGGAGAACUGUAAACCCUGCCAUACACCUCUCCCAUCCUCAAUUAAAUUUUCUGCCUUUGGUAGUUCAGUCUUUCACAACCUGAAGCUUUAUAGGUCAGUUGUGGGGAGUCUGCAGUACCUCACAGUCACUCAUCCAGAGCUGUCUUAUUGUGUAAGCAGACAGUCACAAUUUGUGCACACACCUCUGGAUGACCAUUGGAAGCUGGUAAAGAGAGUGUUGAGAUAUGUCAGUGGCACAUCAGGCUUCGGGUUGCACCUACAUAGAACAAGCAUUCACAGCAUUUCAGCAUAUAGUGACUCGGACUGGGAAGGUGAUCCAGAUGAUAGAAAAUCAACUGGAGGGUUCUGUGCCUUUCUUGAAAGAAAUUUGGUGUCAUGGAGCUCAAAGAAGCAAGGUGCUGUUGCAAGAUCCAGCAUUGAAGCUGAAUAUAGAGCUAUGACAGACCUGGUUGCUGAGCUGAUAUGGAUAAAGAACCUCAUGGUUGAACUAAGAAUUCCACUCCAAACAUCUCCCUCAAUAUACUGUGACAAUCUUAGUGCAGUAUUGUUGUUCAAGUCACUUGCAAUUGGCGGAUGCGUUGACAAAAUCACUGCCAAGUGCUGCCUUUCUAGAAUCAAGAACAAAAUUGAUAGUAGAAGACCUGGAGCAAUACAAACCCCCUCUGUCAAACUUAAAGAAGAAGAUUCAAAGAGAAAAGUGAACUCAGAGCAGUGUGAGAGAGCAAUGGACAAAGAUAGCGGCAGCAACAGCAGGAGUCAUGACAGCAAGUUAACUAAUGAGCCAAAUGAAUCUGAUAAGUCAAGAGCACCAGAAGGGAAGCUGAUUAGCAGGGGUCAUGAUUAG